UCUCGUUCUAAACCCCAGUUUUCAACAAAUUUCACCGAAAACGGAAUCGAAGAAGAAAGCCGCAUCAGAAUUUUCAACGAAUUUCUGAGUUCUUCUCAUAGAGAAUCCAAACCCAGUUUCAUCGCAUUUCACCAAACCCUUUUCACCAUCGCAGUGACGGCAACGAAGCUGAAGAAUGUUCACCAUCGCUCAUUUCACAGGACGACAUCGCAUUGGUAAAACGAAGGUUCUCAAAGGAAGCCUCAAGAACAAAGGCAAUGACGUGAAAAGCUUGGACAAUUGCGAAUGUGUAUUUUAUGAAGAUAUUGAAGGCUCACAAGAUGUUCGGAAUCCAACCGUAUCUGCAUUAACUUUUGGCAAAUCGACCAAUUUAAGGUCUUCUAACCAGGACAUCACUUGUUGCCAUUCUUACUCGGGAAUCCCUUCAUUUGUGAAAUGCCUUCAAUUUCGGAUCUGUUCUCUAUAGUAACAGACCGCUCUCGUUAUACACAUCACAGAGAAAGAUGGCUUGCCGGCAGUUAUGGGCUUCAAGAGCUGCAUCAUACCUCAGGAUCUCUGUCUUUCACAGAAGCUUCUCUUAUGAAUGGUGGAAACUCGUCUUAUACUGUUGUAGAUCAUACUUACGAUGCAGUUGUGGUUGGUGUUGGUGGUGCUGGUUUGAGAGCUGCUAUUGGACUUUCGGAACAUGGAUUCAAUACUGCUUGUAUUACUAAGCUUUUCCCAACUCGUUCACAUACUGUUGCAGCUCAGGGAGAGGUUUUUAUUGCAUUGGUGAUUUUGAAAUAUGGGUAUUUGUUAUGGAUUCUGUUGGUUGAGUCUUUUGGUUGGUUGCCAGUAUGA